AUGGCAGCAAAAUCCCAGCGCGAAUCCGAACAAGAAGUCCGCUCGUGGGGAUUCUCCCGUGUCAUCACAUGGACCGAUACUCCGAACUACCACUACACUCCCCACUCCCACGAAGGUCUGACAACGCAUCUGAUCCUCAAAGGCGAAAUCACCAUCAGGUUCCCUGAAGACGCACAGCCGGAGAAGAAGACGUUUGGUGCGGGGGAACGGCUUGAUGUUGAGGCUGGACGCGAACACGAGGUUUGGGUGGGGCCGGAGGGGUGUACGAUGGUUAUUGGUGAAUGA